AGGUACAGGGGCUUGUCGGCGAUCUUUUUCUCUUUCUGGCGUUUCUUGUCGUCUUCUCCUUCUCCUUCGUUCCUUCGUUCCUUCGUUCAAUCCAUGCAACUUGCGAGCAUCAGAACAGCUCACGCACAGGCGCCCAUCAAUCGCCUAUAAAUACACGCGCGCAGCGGACGGACGGACGCCCAGUUGCAAUCUCCCGGAACCCACCCAGGAAAGAGGCGGAGAGGCGAAGAACAGAUCCCAGCUCCUCGCGCCAUUGAUCCAUGCGACCGGCGCUUCACGACCCACCAUUGAUCCUCGGUGAAAUCCCGGUGCCAGAAUCGAAGGCGGUUUUGGGUCCAUCUUCUUCCUUAUGAGCUGGUUUGACAAGCUUCGGUGUUCCUCCAAUCUCAGCCGCUUCGUCGCGGGCCUUCUCCUCUUCAUUCUUUACCAUUCCUUCCAAUUAGUCUCCAAUUUUCCAAUUCCUAUACACCCUUAAUCGAAGAAACCGCGGAUUCCUUUGUUUUCAUCGCUCCGUCCCUACGUUGAAUUCGAGAGAGAAAAGAGAGAGAGAGAGAGGGAAAAGGAACGAGACGAAAUUUGUUUGUUCCUCGUUGUUGCCGGUGCUUCUGAUUCGGACAAUCUUUUCCUAUGGAUCCCAAGGAAUCAUUGUCAUCAAUCCCUUUGCUGGACGGCACCAUAUUUUCUCAUUUUGAGAGAGAACGAACUUCGCCCCCUUCAGUCAUCGUGAUUGGUGGUGGAAUAUCUGGGAUAGCAGCGGCCCGUGUUCUUCAUGAUGCAUCUGUUAAGGUGAUCUUACUGGAAUCUCGGGAUAGACUUGGUGGUCGCAUUCAUACUGACUACUCAUUUGGGUUCCCUGUGGAUAUGGGGGCCUCAUGGCUACAUGGUGUUUGCAAUGAGAAUCCUGUGGCACCUCUAAUACGCCGGUUAGGGCUCACUUUAUACCGUACUAGUGGGGACAACUCUGUCCUCUAUGACCAUGAUUUGAAAAGUUGUAUACUUUUUGAUACUAAGGGUCAGCAAGUUCCCCAGAGCGUGGUCAGUGAAGUAGGUGAAAUGUUCGAGAUAAUUCUCAAAGAGACAGAUAAAGUAAGGAACGAACAUGCUGAUGAUAUGUCUGUUCGUCAAGCUAUAUUGAUUGUGUUAGACAGACAUCCAAAGCUGAGACAAGAAGGGCUUGCAAAUGAAGUUUUACAAUGGUUUAUCUGUCGAAUGGAGGCUUGGUUUGCAGCAGAUGUGGAUAAAAUAUCAUUAAAAAGCUGGGAUCAGGAACAGGUUCUUUCUGGUGGUCAUGGGCUUAUGGUGCAAGGCUAUGAUCCUGUAGUAAAGGCUCUUGCCAAGGACAUUGAUAUUCGUUUGAACCACAGGGUUUCAAAUAUAUAUUAUGGACGCAAUAAGGUCAAGGUUGUGGUUGAGGGCGGAAAGAAAUUUGUUGCUGAUGCAGCUAUAGUUACAGUUCCUCUGGGUGUUCUCAAAGCAAAUUUAAUUGAGUUUGAGCCUAGGUUGCCAGAGUGGAAAGUUUCAGCUAUCACAGAUCUUGGAGUGGGCAAUGAAAAUAAGAUAGCCUUACUAUUUGAUGACGUUUUUUGGCCAAACAUGGAGUUGUUUGGUGUUGUCGCCUCCUCUUCUUAUGCUUGUGGUUAUUUUCUCAAUCUUCACAAGGCAACUGGUCAUCCUGUUCUUGUCUUUAUGGCUGCGGGGAGGUCUGCUUGCUAUCUCGAGAGUCUAUCUGAUGAGUCUGCUGCCAGUUUUGUCAUGUCGCUGCUCAAGAAAAUGUUCCCUCUUGCAACUAAGCCAGUUAAGUAUCUCGUGUCCCAUUGGGGUAAAGACCUCGACUCUCUCGGCUGCUACUCUUAUGAUCUAGUGGGAAUUCCGAUGGACUUGUAUGAAAGGUUGAGAGCGCCGAUUGGCAAUCUUUUCUUUGGAGGGGAAGCCGUGAGCAUGGACCACCAGGGAUCAGUGCACGGGGCUUACUCGGCCGGAGUGAUGGCAGCUGAAAAUUGUCAGAGGUUGCUAUCAAACCGUGCUGGGCUGAUGCAUAAUGCAGAGCUGGCUUCUUUUCAGGUGGAGGGCCUUCAAGCUUCAUCUCCUCUUCAAAUCUCAAGGAUGUGAAGCAUUGGCGUGCCACCCAUAAAAUUUAUUUACAUUUACUAAAUAAAUCCUCUCGGACAAGGAUAAUUUGAAGAUUCAACCAGUGAUGUGCGUUAAGAAGUUUGAUUUCUUACCUCUUUCUCCUAUUGUUUUGAUUUGUUAGCAUGCGUCGCCCACAGCAGAAAUCUAAUGCAAAAGAUGAUAUCCGGAUU